AAGCCUGUUGAGUUAAAAAAUAUAUUUAAAAAAAAGAAAAGAAAAAGAAAAAGAAAAAAAAACUCAGUCAAAGUUGCAGCGUUAAAAUUGUUGCCUUGAAGCUGAGUGGAGGAGCGUGAAGAUGAACGGCCCAGUAGAUGGCUUGUAUGACAAUUCCAUAAAUGAAGGAGCCUUCAUGUUCACAUCGGAAUCUGUCGGAGAGGGACACCCAGAUAAGAUCUGUGACCAGAUCAGUGAUGCCGUGCUAGAUGCCCACCUCCAGCAGGACCCCAAUGCCAAGGUGGCCUGUGAGACAGUGUGUAAGACGGGCAUGGUGCUGCUGUGCGGGGAGAUCACCUCCAUGGCCACGGUGGACUACCAGCGGGUGGUGAGAGACACCAUCAAGCACAUUGGCUAUGACGACUCUGCCAAGGGCUUUGACUUCAAGACCUGCAAUGUGCUGGUGGCUUUGGAGCAACAGUCCCCAGAUAUUGCCCAGUCUGUUCACCUAGGCAGGAACGAAGAGGAUGUUGGUGCUGGAGAUCAGGGCUUGAUGUUCGGCUACGCUACCGAUGAGACGGAAGAGUGCAUGCCCCUCACCAUCGUGCUCGCCCACAAACUCAACGCGCGCAUGGCAGAGCUGAGGCGCUCGGGGGCGCUGCCCUGGCUGAGGCCCGACUCCAAGACGCAGGUGACAGUUCAGUACGUGCAGAACAAUGGUGCGGUCAUCCCCGUGCGCGUCCACACCAUCGUCAUCUCUGUGCAGCACAAUGAGGACAUCACACUGGAGGACAUGCGCAAGGCCCUGCAGGAGAAGGUGAUCCAGGCCGUGGUGCCCGCCAAGUACCUGGACAAAGACACCAUCUACCACCUGCAGCCCAGUGGGCGCUUCGUCAUUGGUGGUCCCCAGGGGGAUGCGGGCGUCACUGGCCGUAAGAUUAUUGUGGACACCUAUGGUGGCUGGGGGGCGCACGGUGGUGGGGCCUUCUCCGGGAAGGACUACACCAAGGUGGACCGCUCUGCAGCCUACGCCGCCCGCUGGGUGGCUAAGUCCCUGGUGAAAGCAGGCCUCUGCCGGAGAGUUCUUGUACAGGUUUCCUAUGCUAUUGGUGUGGCCACACCACUGUCCAUUUCUCUCUUCACCUAUGGAACGUCUCAGAAGACAGAGAGAGAGCUGCUGGAUGUGGUAAAUAAGAACUUCGACCUUCGGCCUGGCGUCAUUGUCAGGGAUUUGGAUUUGAAGAAGCCCAUCUACCAGAAGACGGCGUGCUACGGCCAUUUUGGAAGAAGCGAGUUUCCAUGGGAGGUUCCCAAGAAGCUUGUGUUUUAGAGCUGCAGAGCUGGGUCUGGCCUUGCCUUGGAGGCCUCUGGGAGGCCACGAUCCUCUGCUCCAGGAUCCCAACUCUCAGAUCUCCCAGACCAAAGACCACUGGCUGCUGUCAAGAGGGUGCCUCCCCCACACUCCCCGCAUCCCCACCGCUCCCUCCUGGGUGAAGCCAGGCCCCUCUGAGUUAGCACUACCCUGUCAUCAUCGCGAAUGGCAGGAAGCAGGCAGCUUCCUGGUGCUGAGGGUCCCAUCUCCUCAUAAGGAUAGUCACAAUGUUCCCCUACCUCUCCCUCAGACCCAGGUGAUGUUAACUUAGUAGAAAAACCACCCCUACAGGAGUAAAUCCCCUCACCUCCCCACAGGCUGGACCCUGACCAGCUCCCUGGUCCCUGCAAGUGCCGAGGCCAGUGUAUCUCAUAGAUCCCGGGCCAGGGUCCUGAGCUGGGCCUUCACAGAGCCCCCAGGCCAGGCUUCUGGUGGGCACAUAACAGGGCUGACAUGGCCUAAGCAUCCACAAGGAGCAAGGGUCUGAGCUAACCACUGAUGCCAUUGCUUCUCCACUGCCACCUGAUAAGGCACCACCUUUGUCACCCCCUAUGUAAAUGGGGAGAUGAAGCACAGACCCUAGUGUCAUGGCCUAGACAUGAACCCAAGAGCUCAAACUCAGGAGCUGGACCCCGCCUCACCCCCAAGAUCCUUCCAGAACCAGGUCUGAGCAAUGACAAUGCAGACUGAAACGAGGAUGUGGCCUCUUUCCUAACAACCUGAGGUUGCUGGGAAUCAGGAUUAACUCUCGGCUCUUGGGGAGCCCUGUGCAAUAAUCUCCAAAGUCAGGACAAAAAGGACUGUUUCAUUUUCCUCACUGAUAUCAGAAGACAGUUCAGGGUGACCUGGCUGGGCUGGAGUUUGGAAUUAAGAAGCAACCAUGUAACCCAGCCCCUGACUGCUCAGGCACAUGCAGGGCUGGGGUGUGUGGACCUCAGGUCAGUGGCCCAAGUCCAGUUCAGUCCCAUCGGGACUUCCUGGAGUAGGAGCGGCAGCUCGUGCUAGUACAGGAAGCCGGCCCCUUAAACCAGGAUCUGAAACCCUGAGUCCUUCAAGUCUUUCUCUCUCUCUGGCCCCUUUGUGCCCCUGCAGUCUGAGUGCUGUUGGAAUAAGUGGGUGAGCUCCUCAGGUCUUCCUGCCAGAGGGCCAGUCCCAAGACCCAGAUGUCUAAUGUUCAGUGGUGACCUAGGGGGCAGGGCUUGAAUCUGAGUGGUAGACACAUUGACUGAGAUGUCAUGGGAGAUUCUGCCCUUGCUAGGUGGCUUCUGGGGCGGCGGGUCUACUCCUGAGGAACCUGAGGCAUCCUCGGUGUCACAGGUCUUGGAAGCUGUCUGUUCACCUGCCUUUCCAUCUGCGGCCAGCACCACCCACCCUUCCUGUCCUCAGCCUGGGCCUCUGACAGUAGCAUCUCUACACUUUUCCCAGCUCCCCGACUACAGGCUCAUGUAGGGGCCGCCAUGGGCCCCAGGAGAGCACUGGGGACUGGACUCCUUUCUGGGGCCCAUGGUGAUGGUUCUGGCAACGACAGGCAGCCCAGGAUGCCUCAGCUGGCAGCAGACGGCCUGACCCUCAAGGACCCCAGGGCUUCUCUUUCCAUCAGGGGAAAGCAGCUCCAGGACAGAAAAAGAAGCCCGAAUCCCCACAGAUCUAGAGCUUGGUGUGCUGCAGGAAGCCCUGGUGUCCCCGUUUCCCAGAAAGUCUCAGGUUCUUUCAGGAGAGGGAGGCGCAGCUAAGCAAGUGGCUGAGUUCCUCUAACUCGGGUCCUAUUGAAAGUGAAAAUUCAGAAGUUCAUACCUUCCUUCCCCCCGGAGAAGUAAGGUCUUUUUUCUGUCAACACUGUGUAUAUGUCAACACUGUACAUGGAGCCCUUCUUGGCUCCUGCUAGGACAGUGAAUAAAGACUCGCGG